AUGGCAGCGCCCCGCGAGCACCCUGUGUAUCCUACCCAAUGUCCGCCAGCCUUUGACCAUGCUUAUAGCGAAGGUGCACUCCCACCGAGAGUACCUGGUUUCUAUCUUCCUGCACCACCCAUUCCCCAGCCUUAUGCAGGUGCUCCUGCCCGUUCGCCGCCGGCUCAGCGCCACCAGCGUACCAUCCCACCGAGUUUGAUUCCAGGCAAUCAGCGCCAUGCACCACGACCCGGCGCGCCUACCUCUAAUGUUCACUACAACGGUCAGUCUAUCCAGCAGUUUGCUUUUCCGGAGCCACAAGUCGCUCCCCGGCUCCGCCAUUCGGUCUCCACGCCGCAUUAUAGGCCAGAGCGUCCCCCUCAUACGCUGUACCGGUCUCCAUCUCCUCAACCUGUGCUCCCUCCCAAACCGUCUACGUAUUCGCAUAUACCUCCCAGACCGACUAACAGCCUCUCGCGCAUUAGGUCAGACGAGUCUCCCAAGCCGGUUCUACCCCCGAAAGAUUUCCCGUCGCCAGAGGAAGCCGACGAAGAUGGGGCGUUGAGGCGUGUGCUGGAGCUCUCCGCUCGGGAGUCGGAGAUACAGCGGCAGAGAACGUUGCAACAGGAAGAGGAAGACUUGGCACAGGCUAUGCAAGAAUCACUCAUGCUGGAGCAGUCUCACCUCUCGUUACCGCCGCUGCAUACGGUCAAUGGAAUCCCUCCUGCUCUGCCUCUGGUUGCUUCACCUAUUGAUUGUCCGCGCACGCCUUCUUCCGAGUUGGCCACAGCAGCUCAUGGGCUCCAGAGUGAAACGGUAGCACGGCCUUUGAUACCGCCACCACUCGACUUGCGCGACGUGACAGACCACAGUCUGUCUGUCCACGAUAACUCGAUAGCGCCCGGUACUGCUUCACAAUUCAUCGACGAUGAUGAACUUGCCCGCAGGUUAGCGGAAGAGGACAGCUUUCCUGAUGACGAGUCGACAGGUUCCCAUUCGAACGAAGGCCCCUCUGCUCUGCCCACAUUUUCCCCCCAGUCUCUGCCUGCCCCAUCCUCCUCCUCGCUUCUUCGCUCCACUUCACGUACUACACUCGAGUCAGAUCAGAUGCUCGUAGGGUCGAUUACGCGAAGCACGUCCGCGAAUGCAGUACUUCGUUCGCAAAGUACUCGAUCAGCCGUGGCAAAACGAGAUGAAGAUCAUAACCAUCCAGAUAUUUCGUUGUCUGCUGCUCACGCAGAUGACAAUCUUAGCUUUAAUGGCAACGAGUCACGUACCGAUUCUGACCAGGCAAGCAGAGCACAAACCCCUCCAAAUGAUCAAUAUGUUGAUACUGAUCUUCUGCGUGGUGUUCAAAUUGGGCGGGGCAUACCCACUAUCACCCCCUCCCUAGAACCGAUGGAGGGCCCCAUGCCCAGUACCAUUUCUCUUCCGUAUGGAUCGCAGAGUCCACUCUACAUUCGAGCUCCUAGCUGGCGAGGUCUGCUGAAGUUGAUGGCAAGCUUGAGUCGAACAAGACUUGAGCCACCUGUUGAGGCCAUUGCUCAGGCAGAAACGGACUUGAAGCUGCGCAUCGUAAUAUUAUUCGUGAAAGUACAUAGCACGUCGCAUAACUGGCUCACCGUCCUCUUCAUGACAAUCGAUCACCCGGUUCCCGCAACCGCGCAAUGGAAGUAUCGCAGUGGCGAUACCACAACACUUCCUUAUUCGUACACACUCUCACCGCCCUUGGCGGUUCUGCGCGACGGCGCGGACGCAGUGAUGUCCAAAUUCUACACCAUCCCAUCCACGUAUACCCCUUAUCCUCAACUACCCAUUACGUUCCCGAGUCUCGCGUCCUACCUCGCAUCUGCCCUUGACGAUUCUCGGAAUGCUGCCUCACAUGAGAGCUCAACCGGAUUGCGCAGACUAGCGAAGAUGAUUGACGCCUUCUACCCGCUGGACAGCCCUAAGGCCGAGGUUAUUGGGCGGUUCGGCCUGCUGUAUCUUACCUUAUAUCCCUGUUGGACAUCGUCUAACCUGCUCUUUCGUUCAAUCAGUAAUCGUAAACACAGAGCCUCGGUUUACAAUGUGCACUUUGAAUUUGAUGUUUUGCGCGACGGAGCGGAUGUGGGCUGCCAGAUAGACGUUCGACCAAGGUUCCACCACCUGAGGAAGCUGAAGGCCCUUAUGCUCGGCCAGACACCGGAGCCAGCCAGCGACGAUCUGCGGGCGGCAGCGAUUCCUGUUUCUCAGGCUGAGUGCAGAGGCUGUGCCGAUCCUUGCGACGAAGGUCACGAUGAAUAUCCUCGGUUUGAUGUCGAUAUGGAGACACAGAUGCUCGGCUCCGUGAAGCCUUACUCUCGGCAGCUGGUAAUCUCGACGGGCAAAAGCGACUGGCCUAAGGAGGUCACGGAAGUGCAUGGCACGCUCGCCGCAUAUCUGCUCGAGACUCGGGAUGCCGCCCCCAAACAGCACCGCUCGCACCAUAACGCCGCCAAGUCGGUCCCCGGCGUAUACGAUUCCGCGACCACAUCGAAGGUCACCAUCCUGAAUGGAAGCCAUUAUACCUUGUGCGACGACGCGAGCAGAGAAACCGUGCUGGUCUUUCCCGACUACAAGGUCGUGACCGAGGUGCCGAGGUCCCUGGACGGCGCGACUGCUUUCUGGAAGAGCGGCGCUGCCCCCGGCUUCGAGGGGGAGGACAGCCAUUUGAAGACGUGGGUGCUGCCUUACGCCUGUGUAAUAUUGUUGUGUUCACACAAGAAGAGAGACAACCGCUGUGCUCUCGCUGCGCCCGUUCUUGAGCUUACCCUGAUGGACGCUCUCGAGCGUGAAGGAUGGCAAGUACACACCCAGCUCGAGGACCCGUGGCUCUCAGGACCACCGCUCGAGGAAUUCAAAGGCACAGCAGAAGAGAAGGAUGCCGAGGUCCUACGCCAGCUGAAGCUCGCGGCUGCCGGCAACGGGGAGAAGCGCGUCCUGAUCCUGCGCAACUCUCACGUCGGCGGACACAAAUUCGCCGGGAACGUUAUCAUCAACACUCCUCACGGAGUCUCCGUGUGGUAUGGCCGUGUCACGGCGCACGAAAUCAACGCCAUUGUGAAGGAAACCAUUAUCGGCGGGAAGAUCCUACCCCCUCUUCUCCGCGGAGGGUUAAAUCUUGCCAGGCCAGGUCACACGAGUCUCAACGACUGGUAG